UUCCGUCAUCCCUGCAUCACAUGAUAUAGUUUUUAAUGAAAUAUUAAUCUUCAAUUCCUGCAGGCUCCAGGACAAUCCUGGAAGGUUGGCAACUAUAUAUUUGAUGUUUGAAACAAAGAUAGUAAGCCAUCACAGAUGCACAAAAUAUUGCAGGUUGCAUUUACAAGGCACAGACAACUGCAGACUAAAAUAUAAUACACCUUAAUGAAGGGGGAAAGCAAUCAAUAGUACAUGCACAUGACAACAGCAUACUGAGGAGCCCACCAAAAAGCAUGAUAAAGAAAUUAGGUACAUAAAAAUGUAUUAGAAAAGUGUGUUUUAUUGACAGGACUUACAGUAUUUGCACAUAUUUGUCAUUGGAACUAAACAUUACGUUGGCAGUGACAUCAAAUAGGGAAGCCUAUCCCUCUGCCCCCGAGUUUUUCUGUUUCCCCUACACACUCACAAAUUGCCAAUCUUUCUCUCUCUCACACACACACACAUUUUGUUUCUAUUUCCCUUUCACACACACAAAAAUUGCCAAUCACCCUCCCUGGCUAGGGACUUUUUCAAGUACACAGUUGCUUUUAAUGUUUAAUUAGGUAUGAUAACAGGAUAAAAUGUUCCUGGCACUGUUCAGUGCCCACAGCUCAGACUUGCAACAUUUUCCACUGAUUGCAGGCAACUAAACAUCUAGCACAAUAGUGGCAACAUCCACAUAGCUAUUGUUAGGGCUACGUCAGCACUUCCCUGAUAAACGCAAGCUAUUUGCAGGGGCUUAUAACUUAGUUGCAAAAAUGUACUCUAGGCUCCACCUUUGUAUCCAAGGUUUCAGACCAGUAACAAUUUCUAGCUUGCUUUUAGACUUUAUUAUCCACCAUUUUUUAAGUCACACAAAUUUAAAUGGCAAGUAGUGCUAUGCUUCUUACUGGAUCACCACAUAAAAUAGGGUAGAAACUCCUUUUGCACAGGCAUAGAACCAAAAUAAAUAGAUUUUUUUUUAAAACUCAUGUUGAUUCAGAAAUUGUUUGGGGCCAUAAUACUGUAUAUACAUCAUAUAUAUCCUUAAAAAAAAUUUACAGUCUCAAUACAUACCUGAGAAUAAGUUAUUUGUUUUCAUUCUAAGGCCCUGAUCCUGCAAUUGGAUUCCCCUGGGCAAACCCCUGUACAGCUCCACACAGCUGCAGGUUGUCAGUCUGCAAUGAUCCAAUUGCAGAAUUGACAUGUAAUCUUGGGACUGAUCCUAUAAUUCUUAGCACCUGAGGAGCCCCAUUAAAUUCAAGUUAUUUGAUUUUAGGCCUUAUUGCAAGUUCUACCGGUUCUAUGCUCAAACACAUAGUGGCAAAAAUGCCACUACACGCCUGUCCCCCCAUUGCUAACACCUGAGCAACUGCACGGGUGCUGGGGCAACCGGGGAGACUUACCUAAAACACUCAGUUGUAGACAAGGCCUAAAAUACUUUAAUUCAGUGGGCCUCCUGCUAUGAAUAAAAAUUACAGGACUGCUUCUUUUGUUUAGACUAUGACAUCCACAUCAACAAACAAGCAAUCCCUCUGAACACCCUAUUAAAUACAGAUUUGCACAAUCGAAAGCAGUGCCUCGGAAGCAGCAGUUGCAAACAAUUCAGAUGCAUUAAUUUGAACAAAAAUAUAUACUUUUUUUGCUCAUAAAUUGUAUUUUUUUAAAAAUGGGAAAGAUACAGUUUAGCUAAUUCAAAAAUGAUUGAAUGAGUUUGUCUUAAACUGCCCCAGAAAUACUCAUAUUAGAGCUGAAACCAACGAUAGAAAGUUCCAGGCAGAAAGAAGAGCUCUGAGGAAGUACUGAAGGAGUGAAAAGAGGGGUUUAUAUAUAAAGUCUCUAACUCAAAGUCCCUAAUGGAAUUCCCCAGUAGACAAGAAUGGCUCCCUCAAAGCUACUGGGGUUUUGUGGUGUGUUUUUUGUUUUUAAUGAGCAGUUCAUAUUUAAUUACUUACUUACAAUUUUCUGCUUUGCUGAUGCAUCCAUCUCAGAAGAGACUUUAUCAAAUUAAAAAUAAAGAAAAACAUAUUUAUUCAAAAAGAAUCAUUACUUUUUCUUCUCUGUUUCAGUAUGUAGAUCAGUAACAUGCAUUUAAUAUAAUUUUGCACAGAACUUUUUUUUAAAGAAAACAGAACAAUAUCCCUAAGAACUUUAAUAAUAAUUGCUCAGUGUGUGCCACAAACAGACAAAACCCAGUAAAUCCAGAGAGAACGCUGGCACUCCACUUCCUAAACUCACCCACUUGGUUGUGUAGGGAGAGAUGGAGCAAAUGCGGUGUGUGAAUUCAGGACAACCAUGUCAGCCUUAGCUUUGAAUUUCCUGGCUCUGUUUGGUGAGCUCGAUUUUAUUUAGAUCUGGGGAGGAGAUUACAUUUAUAUCCUGCAAACCCCAGUUUAAGGAGAAAAGUUUGAACUCCCCUCAAGGUGUGAAGCACAAGGCUCCCACCUCCUCUAGUCUUGAGCUUCAGUGCUCCCCCUCCCCUGGGCUGUGAAAGUGGAGAAGAGGAGCAGGAACAGGAACAAUGUCACAUGAAGGGAAUGCUAACUACACUGCAACCUCGCUGCUUCCAGGCAGCUCCUCCAGCCUCAGCCUCUCUUUCUCUCUGGCUGACUUGGUUAAAAUCAUUGUUUGGCUCCAGCAUUAACUACAUUCCAGAGGGACGCAGCGCCCAGUCUCCUUCCUCGCAUUCCUGCCCCACACAAAGGAGUCCCUCCCUCGCCUGGCCUCUGUGCAUCUCUUCCAGCGCCACAAAGACCCUGGGAGCCGGGAGCUGCACUUGCCCCCAGGCUCGGAGUUUGUCCCCGGCGCUUGGUCUAGGUGCAGCUCUGCUGGGAAAGGGGAAGAAGGCAGGCAGCCCCUGAGUGCAAAUUCCUCCGCGCAGCGCGCCAUUGACUGGCCUGAGCAACUUAUUUAAGGCUGGAAAUUGACACACGGGGGCUUUUUCUUCUUGCCUCUCCUCGUUCUGCUCGGGGAGCGGGCCGGGCGACGGGCUUUGGAGCAGGGAUGCCUUCCAGGUGACCUGGUGCACGGAGCGGCUGUGUCACCUGGCUGCAGAUCUCUGGGGCAGGGGGAGCAGCCGGGGCAGAAAAGUGCCUUUCCCUGCUGCAAACUUCCCAGCCGGCGGCUUUCGUGGUGUCCCCCCCCCCCCCCAGCUCGGGGCCGGCGGAGCAUGGAGAGGUACGAGGAGGACUUUGCCCGGGCCAGCAAGUUCAUGGAAGAUCUGUCCCUCUACGAGGCGGGCCAGGAGGGGCUGUACAGCGGCCGGGGCUGCAGCAGCAGGAGGGAGCUGCUGGAAGACGCCCAACGGGCCAUCGCAGCCCACAUGACGGCGGACCCGAGAGGCAAGAACAUGAAUGGCACCGUGGCCCCCCCGGGGGACGCCCCCGCCGCCUCCGGCAAAGGGUUCCCGGCUGCGGCCGCCCCCCAGUUCCGCUCGCUGAGCGCCGGCAGCCGCGGGGGCGGCCCGGAGCCGGGCUGCUGCGAGGACGGGCUCUGCACCCGCUCCGAGGUGGCGCUGCCCUGCUACGGCGGCUUCGCGGACAAGAGCCGGCGCUAUUCCUCCGAGAGCGCCCGGCACAGCGCCGGCAGCGCCUGCGAGGGCGCCUACGUGCCCAAGCCGGGCGGCAGAGCCCACGCCGGGCCAGAGGGCAAAUACAACGCGGCCAGCCCCAGGGCCAGCCUGGCCUCCUGCUGCCAGGAGCAGCUCAGCCGCUUCUCCAGCCCCAGGUCCAGCCUGAGCAGCAGCGGCGCCCCGGGCUACGAGAAGUUCUCCAGCCCCCGGGCCAGCCUGGUGGUGCCCGGGCAGGAGAAAUACACCAGCCCCCGCGGCAGCCUGGUGCAGUACGAAGGCAGCGCGCUGAGCCCCAGGUCGAGCUACGCCAGCACGGCCAGUGACACCAGCAAACACUCCAGCCCCCGGGCCAGUCUGAACAGCUACGACUGCGGGAGCAAGCCCAGCAGCAACCGCACCAGCGGCAUCAGCAUGGGCUACGACCAGCGGCACAUCAGCCCCCGGUCCAGCACCGCCAGCCAGUACUCCUGCACCACCAGCCCCCGCUCCAGCUACUCGGACUCCCGCUACGGCCCGUCCGGGAAUCCCGAGCUGGACGGGGCUGGCGGGCCUGGGCUGUCCGUGGUCAGCCCCAGGUCCAGCCUUUGCAGCCAGGACGGUCGGACAGGGGCGGUGGGGAACUGCAACCCGUCCGUGAUCAGCCCCAGGUCUAGCAUCUCCAGCCAUAGCUCCAGAAGCUCCAGAGGCUCCAUGAGCGCUUACCCGGAGCUCCAGCUGCCUUCGCCCCGCUCUUCCAUGCUGGGACCAAGUUUACAGGAAGAAAAUCCCACGCAGGAGCAUGGAGAUGCUUAUCCCAGGCACGAGCAGCAGCAUCCUGCUGCCUCCAACCCCGACUCGGCUCCAGGAGCGUUAGCAUCCUACACCUACAGCCCAGCCAAAGGGUCCGCUGCAGCUCCCAAAUUCAAGCUUCCGUAUCAGGUCACCCCGUCCAGGGAGAGUGGACCCAGCCAGGCAGAGAGGAGGUUGGAAGCGUUGACGCUGGAGCUGGAGAAGGAGUUGGAGAUGCACAUGAAGAAGGAAUAUUUUGGUAUUUGUAUAAAGUGUGGAAAAGGUGUCUAUGGAGCGAGCCAGGCUUGCCAAGCAAUGGGUAACCUCUACCACACCAACUGCUUCACAUGCUGCUCUUGUGGGAGAAGACUGCGAGGAAAAGCCUUCUACAAUGUCAAUGGUAAAGUGUACUGUGAAGAAGACUUCCUAUAUUCGGGCUUUCAACAAACAGCGGACAAGUGCUUUGUUUGUGGACACCUCAUAAUGGAAAUGAUCUUACAGGCUCUUGGAAAGUCAUACCAUCCUGGCUGUUUCCGCUGCGUGGUCUGUAAUGAAUGUUUGGACGGAGUCCCCUUCACUGUAGACGUGGAGAACAAUAUUUACUGUGUCAAAGACUAUCACACUGUUUUUGCACCAAAAUGCGCUUCCUGUAACCAGCCAAUUCUACCAGCACAGGGCUCUGAGGAGACCAUUCGAGUGGUGUCAAUGGACAGAGAUUACCAUGUGGAAUGUUAUCACUGCGAGGACUGCGGUCUCCAGCUCAACGAUGAAGAAGGCCAUCGUUGCUAUCCUUUAGAGGGACACCUACUCUGUCAUGCCUGUCAUAUUAGGCGCCUCAAUAUCAAAGUGCCACCACAUCCACCUCCAGGCUAUCCAAUGCAUGUUACAGAGCUCUAAAAGACACUUUCUAUAGCAAUGAAUCAUUAGAAAGAAGAUGGAAGAACUAAAAAUGACUUUCCAGUUUUUAAAGAUGAAAUUCCUCUAAUAACCAUCUAAACCAGCUAAGUUAUUUAUUUUUUUUUAAAUCAUAUGUCAGAGGGCCUCUAUGAUCAUGUCCAUGUUUCCAUUUACCUUCAGCAUUUUCACUGAGACACCACUUACUUGGAAAAAAAAAAAAAAAAGUGUGCACCGCUGAACUAACUGUAUGCAGCAACAUUUCCCAGUACAGUGGUACGAAAGGCUCUGUUCUACACUCCUUGUUUGCUUCAUUCCAGUGGGAGUUUUGCCUGAGUAAGAAGUAUAAAAUUCAUCCCCCAAAGUUAGCAACAUACAUAUCAUAACAAGCGUGAUAAGAUAAAUACUAGCAUUUUAGCUAGUCCCAUUGCAUCCUGGUCUUGGAGAAUAAACAUUCUAGAAUACUUAGAUUCCCAGUAGUAGUUAAUAGGAAGCAAAAUAAAUAUAUAUUUUAGUAACAAAAAUCUUCAAACAUGGGUUAAUUGGUGGUAUUCACACCUAUGAAAGGCUUCAGGCCAGUGUCUCUUCCAUCCUAUUUGCUAUCACAGUGAUCCAACAGAGUAUUUAGCCUGCUGCAGAAACAUGACAGGUGUCUUCUAUAGGAAGCACAUUACAGAAGAAUGUGUCCAUUUGAAAAGUUAAGAUUAUUUCAUAAAGGGUUAUUGCAUAUGAAGAAAAUUCUGGCUCUCCAUAAUAACUUGCCAUUUACAUGCUUGGUUUUUUGUAGCUUGUAGUGGCACGAGACUAGCCACAGCUUUGAAAGCAUUUGUCAUAUUCUUCUGGUGAUUUGGCACUUACUAAGCAGUCCAUCUUUUAAACCUGUUUUGGUUACUAGGUUUAGCAGUCCUUUUGGCUAUGCAAGGAGACAUUUCUGUGUCUCGAUCCUACUUGUUUUAUACAAGACUUCAUUUGUUAUAAACUGCUUUGCAAUUUUUUGUCGUUACAUUUUUUAAAUGGGCAGCAGUUUUGUCAUCUUUUCAGUUUGAUGUGUUCUUUUCCAGAUGUAGUUUUGAAUGAUUACAGUGAUCAUCUUCAUUUGAAAACCAAGCAUGAUUUAGCAGAAAUAAUAAUUUAGAGUUUCAGACAAUUGAAACAGAAAUUGGUAUUUUAUAACAAGUAUUAGAUGUACGCAGAAUGUACACACUUUCAUCUUUUGCAUAAGCUUUUACAAUAACCUCAGAAGUCUGGGGUAAUAUAUAUCUUCCAUAUAGGAAGUUAGAUGAAUCUUUUUUUAAUGUUUGUUUUCUACUGUGCGUUGAUGAUUUACACGCAAUCACACAUCUCUAUGUUUAAAUAACAAUUCCAUGUAUUCUCAUGAGAAUUGAGCUACACUUUCCUGAAAUUAUUUUAUAGUUUGAAAUGUGGCCAUCGCUCCCUUCCUUAGAUAGAUUUAAUUAUGACAAAAUUCUUUUACUGUGGAUUAGGUGGAAAUAUCAGGCAAGAUUCUCAACACAUGUAAAUUGAAAGAACUGUAGUGACUUCAAUGAAGCUAUGCAGGUUUAUACCACCUAAGAAUCUGGCCCAUCAGUUUUAGGAUUGUCACAUGUUAAGUUUCAUCAAACUAAUUAAGGAAAUAGCUAUUUGGCGACUCCAUUGAUGCAAUAAGGCAAUUCAGGAUAUGGUUGGAAAGCACAAGGAGCAACCAAUGGGCUCUGAUUCCUGAAUGGAAUAAUUAACUCAUGAGAUUCUCACUCCCUUUAUACAGCUUUUUGAUAUUCCAAAAUAUCUUUAUGGUAAAAAAAAAAAAAAAUACAUUCAUUGAUGAUGGAAAGAGAUGAAUGCAACAGUUCAGAAACUGCUGCUGAAUUGUCUGGUGGGCAAAGAUUAAUCUGCCCUACUGGAUGCUCCUCAGUAAGUCCAAUGCGCCUUUAACCAGUCAUUUUAUAAUUAAUAGCUGGCUUAGUUAAUGUGACAGCCAUGUUUUGGAGCACUGCUAAUGCUACAAAUAACCUUUUCCUACAGUGGUUGAUCCAAUGGUUCUGAUUUUCAGGAAAAUGAGAAGAGGGGCCCAUGUACAGCUUUGUGCAUUUAUUUGCACUACCUUUGUGUGCAGAGUUACUAUGAUUGCACGCACAAAGAUGACCUGCAAAUAGAUGCUUGGGCCUCUCAUUCCUGAAACCUAAGCUGUAAAAGGUAAAAAUUAACCUUCGCACAAAUCUGACUUUAUUGAAGUAACUUGAGGAAUUUCCCUAGUAUUGAAAGUAUCAAAUUGAGGGUGUCAAAGCUUCAAGGUAAAUAUUUUGUAUUAGUCACAGCAUAAUACUUUUCCAUUUCACAAAACAGCUUUGGGCUUCAAGGCAUUGUAUUAGCAUGAGUUAUUGUUUAAAAUAUUUGUAUAAACCCCCGACAUUAAGAGAAAAAAUAUUAAAACAUACAGAUGAUUUGGGUCUGUUCACAUGAGCAGGCCAACCCAGAACAGUGCUUUCUUCUAAAAGGUGCAUUUGCUCCAGGUGACGGGUAGCUAGAACUUAAUAGAACCACAGAAAACAGAGAUGAGAAACCAAACUAGGUCAUUUAGACCAUCCCUCUGCCAGUUUAUUAACUAGUGCUAGUCUAUUUAAGUUUGUAAAUUUUCACUCCUGCAUUGCUUUUCAGUGGACAGCACUAUCUAACAUGUACAUACAGUUCUUCUUCGAAAACUAUCAUCCUUUAGAACAGAAUAAUACUGAAUUUCACAUUUUUAUUUUUCAGUUCUUUCUAAUAGUUCUACUCAGUUCCAAUAUGUGUUAAGUAUCUUCAUGGUAAAAUGUUGAAAAAUUAUGUUUCAAUAUAGAAAGAGCAGUUUGUUUAAAACCAGAAAGCAGCAGUUGUUGUUCCAGUAUUUUCUAUAGACAGGGGCAUUCUAUUAAAACACCAAAAUUACAGCUGGCUUUUAGAGAGAUGAGGUGAGGGAGGUAAUAUUGUUUAUUGGACCAACUUUUGGUGGUGAAAGAGACAAGCUUUCAAGCUACACAAAGCUCUUCUUCAGGUCAGCUGGCUUUUACACCAUUAAUAGAAGAGCUGGAGCAUAGUUGGUAUAAUUCACCUAUUAUUAUUAUUAUUAAGAAAGAAUAAGGAGAAAGCUAUAAGCAAAUCUAAAGUGACAUGCUGUACAAUUUAGUAUUAAUGACCGUUCCUGUGCAUUUUACCUCCUGUCUGGGGAAUUGUAUAAAUGAAAGCGUCUAAUGCUUUGCUUAAGGAGUAUUCUUAUGUCAGUCAGUUCAACACAGAUGUAAACUUCCCAGUAUUCAUUUUAUAACAUGAUUAUUUAUUGGAAACCUUCUCGGUGUACUGUACUUUCAGAAUAUUUCCAUAAAGUUUCAGCAUUUUACAACUUGUUCUCGUUUCCAUCAUGAGAAGUCAGGACUACACCUUUCAUGUUUCAUUUUUGUGGAAGAUUUCUACAGUGUCCCAAAAGAAUGUGGCCAUUUUAGGAGAUUCACAGCGUCCCUAGUGCACUGGAAGACAAGUUCCAAAGAAAUGACCAAAAUAGUGAUAAUUGUGGGGGGUGGAAAUCUCAGAUAUUUGAACUUUCAAAAAGGGGUUUUUGUAUAUUUUGUAAAGUGGGGCUUCAAAAGUAAAGUAUGGAUGGAGGAGUUCUUUAAGACAAGAAAUUCCAGAACAAUUAAGUAAACCAAAGCUCUAAAGGAGGCACACAAAAGCUGCUUUCUUGUGUUUCAAGAAAAGUUUUUAAAAGUUUGUGAUUCAUCAUGCAACUAAUGCCAUAACUAGAAUAUAUAAUUUGACUUAAAUUAAGUUUUCCUUUGAGAAAUAUUUUCAUUUUCUUUAAAAGAAUAUAGUUUCUUCCAAGAACUUGGACCAACGUUGAUUUUUAUUUUGUAGGAAAUAUAUAAAUGCCCUGUUUGUAUAUCAUGUAACUAGUUUACAUGCUGCAAAUAUACAUUAGUUUAACUAUUUUUGUAUAUAUCCUUGUAAAACUUCUAAAUGUGCUUCUUUGUCUUUUAGUCCCUAGAAUGACUUGUGGUUUUUAUGUUUCAGUGUUUGAUUCCCUUGAUUGUUGAAGAAAAAAGGUUGGGAAAUGUAGAUUUAUUUAUCUAAAGAAGCAGCUACUUGCUAUCAUCCUAAGUUAUUUAAUAUUAAAAGUCAGAAGUUUCAUUUAACCUUAGAUGUUAUAAUCUGCUUUUUUCAAUAAAGACAUUUUGUAGUUA